AUGCCCUUCGGUCUGAGGAAUGCCACUGAAACCUUUCAGUGGUUCGUUGAUCAGGUGUUGCGAGGUCUUGAUUUCGUCUACGCCUACAUUGAUGAUUUGCUGGUGGCUAGUUCUGACGCUGCUGAACACGAGGUUCAUCUUCGACAGCUCUUCGAACGACUCGACUCCUUCGGCGUUGUAAUCAAUGCUGCUAAAUGUGAGUUUGGAAUCCCCAGCCUUAUCUUCCUGGGUCAUGAAGUGGACUCUGAUGGGAUGAAGCCCGUCCCAGAAAAAGUUUCGGCCAUGUCAUCGUUCCCCGUUCCAACAACCAUCAAUCAACUACGCCGCUUCUUGGGGAUGGUGAACUACUAACAUCGUUUUCUUCCCCAUGGUGCCACCAUACUGCAGCCACUCAACAGCCUGCUGGCUCACUCCAAGAAGACACUGGUGAUGACCGAGGAGGCCGUCAGGUCCUUCCAUGACGUCAAGGUCGCACUUGCGAGCGCAACACUACAAGCCCACCUCCGCGCUGAUGCCCAACUAACUCUUAUGACAGAUGCUUCCAGCACUGCCGUUGGUUCAUCACUUCAGCAAACUGUUGGUGGUGUUCUACGGCCUCUGGCUUUCUUCUCGAAGAAGCUCAGCCCAGCAGAGACCCACUACAGUGUCUUCGGCCGAGAACUCCUCGCCGCCUGCCUAUCCAUCCGGCAUUUCCGACGUUUCCUCGAGGGUCGCGAAUUUGUUGUUCUAACAGAUCACAAGCCACUCGUUUUUGCAUUGAGGGCCUCUCCCGAUCGAUACCUGCCCCGUGAAAUUUGUCAUCUAUAUUUCAUCUCACAGUUUUCCCGCGACAUCCAACAUGUCUAUGGUAAGGAAAAUGUGGCUGCUGAUGAUCUUUCAAGAAUCGAGAUGGCUUUCGUCACAACAGACGCCAUAGACUUCGCACUCAUGGCUGAGGCUCAACGAUCAGAUGACGAACUCUCCCAAUACCGCCACGAGGACUCUUCUUUACGCCUUCAAGAUGUCCCCCUUCCCACUGGCACUGGCACCAUAACGUGCGACCUUUCUACCGGACACGAACGUCCUUUUAUCCCAGCAACUUUACGACGACGAGUGUUCAACGCUCUUCACAAUCUAUCCCACCCUGGAGUACGGGCGACAGUGAAACUCAUCACUGACCGAUUCGUCAGGCCCAACAUCAACCGGGAUGUACGGCGUUGGACCCGAUCCUGUCUACCAUGUCAGCGCACCAAAACGCAUUGGCAUACUAUUACCCCGCGAGGUACUUUCGCCACUCCUGAUGCAUGUUUCAGUCAUGUGCACAUUGACCCGGUAGGUCCGCUUCCACCAUCUAACGGUUCUGCCUAUACGCUGACAUGCAUUGACCUCUUUACUCGGUGGCCGGUUGCUGCGCCCAUCCCGGACAUCGGUGCCGAAACCGUAGCAAAAGCCUUCCUGACUCAUUGGGUAUCUAAUUUUGGAGUUCCUGCGACUGUCACCACUGACCGCGGAUCCAAAUUCGAGACAACGCUGUUUCGCGAGCUCACUUCCCUUCUCGGUACCAACCGAAUCCGAAAAACAGCAUACCACCCUCAAGCAAAUGGUCUCGUCGAACGUUUCCAUCAACAGCUCAAGACUUCCCUAAUGGCCUAG